GUCUGGUUCAAUGGGCGUAAGAGAAAACAAGGAGAUAGACAGAAAACUACAAUUAAAAAAAAGUUUAAAUCAAUUAGCUCAAUAUAUGAUUCACUAAUUUUAAUGGCGUUUCUUGAAACUGACACGUUAGGACAAGAAAGGUUAAUUAUUUAUCAAUUAGAAUUAAUUAGACUCUAUAAUGAAUGAAUAAAGUUACGUUCCGUGUUAGUCGUUGAACUUGAACAUUUGACUCGUGAUGUGUGACUUAACUUGUCUUUUACUUCUUUCUCUUUUUGUCAAUUUGUUGUUGUACGGUUGAGCACAAUGAGUCGGUAGCAAUGAGUGAUGAGCCGAGGGUGACCGUAUUCUUCUUUCUCACCACAUAGUUGUGACAAUGCAAUGUAUGAAUAGUAUGACGAAUGGGAAUAAAAAUUACCGGACAUCUACUUUGAUUCAGUUUUUGAAGUUCUAAGGCUAAAUUAAGACUGUAUUUGUAUUAUUACUUAAUUUCUAAUUGGAAUUUCUAAUUAUGUAUCGUAGGCUAUGUAUUUUUGUGUGGUAACUUAGUUAACUCAAUAUUAAUAAUAUUGUGCUGUGUGGCUGGUGUGUAUUGCCAUGUAUUACUAGUUCAUUCUGGAAUGUUUUAAUACUUGACAUUGACAUGUCUACAUAAACUCAGAAAAAAUGCAGAUAAGAUAAGAUUCUUUUAUUGAUCCAAUUUACCAUGAUAAGUAAAAAAAAAGGUUCUGCAUGUCAGAUGCAAUUUAUCAAAGAAAGGGGCCUAAUCCGCUAAAUCGUAUUUAUUUAUAACAUGAUCUUUGCAAAUGUGUAUUAUCUUAGUCUUAGCCCACCCCAGGAUUUACUAACUAGGGGUGCUUGCCGGGGAUGCAAGGUAGGACUUGAAGCCAGGCGAGCAAGAAAAAGGGAUAAUAAGAAAAUAGGAACCCUUGGCUUUUAAGUUAUGUUAUAAAUGUUUAUAGAGUUUUUAAAAAUCUCCUUUACAUUUUACUAAAUUUACAAUUUACUAUAUGUAAUAAGUUGCAAGUUUGUUUUCUAAGUCCUAAAUUUCUUAUUGUCACUCAUUAAAUAAAUUAGAAGUCCAUUUUAUCUCAAAUUUAACUUUUAAAAAACGUAUGGGUGUGCAAGACUAGUAAAAAAAUUUGUAGGAGGAGCAAAAUAUAAAGGUUGGGAAAUCCUGAAGCCCUUCUCCUUAAAUCUAUGUCAUUGACUGGGCCUUUUGGUUCUGUAGUCUACAUUAUUAACUCAUAUGCAAAGGGUAGAAGAUUUGCCUGGCCUUGACUUUGCCUUUGAAUAAAAUCACCACCAUGCCUUGUGCAAUGAAUAUAAAGAGCAUAAUUUCAAUAAAGUAAUUACUAAACUAAUGCUUGGUUAUAUUAAUACUGUGCCUGAGCCUUAGUUAUUAUAGAGAUAAGGAGGAUGGCAAUUUAUGCACUUUGUGUAUAUAAGUAUUGGCUCUUUCAUGAUGGUCAUUGUUUACUAAUUUAAUAUUACAUCUGCAAUACUAAUUUGCAGUAUAUUUAUUGUCAAAGCCAUUCAGUUAAAUGGAAGGCUUCCUCCUUUUAUCCUCUGACCUAGUCCACAUCUUGUCUUGUUAUUAAAUUAAUGACAAUAGUUAAUUUAUUUUCCAAUCAACAAUUUGAUUGUAAUCUUGUAUAAACUGUGUUUUUUUUUUUUUGGUCAGAUUUUCCCUUCUGCUAUUGGACCCUGGAGAAAUCUAUUUUGAAGACUUCAGUGUUUUCUACUACCCUAAUGGCUUGUCACAACAACAAGCCAUAAGCAGGUUUUAAAUUUUCUUUAUUUGCUAGUAUUUAGAAUAAAAUAAGGAGUUUCAAAUUACCUGUCCACACCUUAUCUUGUUAAUGACUAAAGAUAAAAUAUAUAAGAAACUAUAGAGGAUUAUAGGAUUACAAUUAUAUUUAAUUAAACCUUAAUGUGUUUCACUGUGGUAAACAAAUAGCAAACUCUGAAUUGAAACAAUCAGCGAAUGUCUUUAGAGAAAUUACUAUUUUUUUCUUCUCACAAAGACUAACAAAUAAAUUAUUUUUCUAUUAUGUUCUAAUGCAAAGUAAUGCAAUGCUAUGCAUUUUUAUCAUAGAGACAAUGUUCAAAAAAGUUUUUGAAACUCUCAUGAUUCUUUAUCAGUGUUUAAUUUGAAAAGUAUGCACUAUACUUAAUUAAGUCUAAAUACUUUAUAUCAAUGGGUUUGAUAAUAUAAGUGACUAUGAUGGUAGUUUGACAGUCACAAUUGACUAUGACCAUUUAAACAUUGUAUAUGCUAAUUGUGAAUGUGGCUGUGGGUGUGCAGAUGGCUGAUGAGGCAAAUUCUGGCUUGAAAUGGUCUUGCACAGUAAAUGCAGGGGAUUGAUGGGACAUCUCCUGGUGCAGAGUUAAACCAGGCUUUUCUUGCAUGUCUUUUGUGCUCUACAGCCGCUGUUCUGUUGACUUCAUGUUGUAUGGAGCCUUUGUGUACAGAAGAAUGAUAUGAUGCUUUGUCCUUUGCAGCUUCUUCCCAUAUGUCAGAGUCAAUAUUGAACGAUUUCAGUAAGGUUUUAAGGGUGUCUUUAAAGCGUUUCUUCUGACCACCAGCAAACCGUCUUCCAUGCUCGAGCUCACCAUAAAAUAUCCUUUUGAAUAAGCGGUCAUCGGACAUUCGCUUAACCUGUUCCGCCCAGCAAAUCUGUCCUGCCAUUUAAUGUUUAGUAUUUUCUGGGACUUGUCAUAUGAAAGUGGAUUUGCAUGGCGUUGAUAAACCAUCCACGUUCUCAAGCAAAGAGAAGAAUAUGUAGCACAGCUACCUUGUAUUCCUUCAUUUUAAUUUGAAUGCUGAUACCUUGACUGGUUCAUACAUUCUUAGACAAUCAGCCCUAAGUUGCUCUAACAACUUAUGAGAAGCUUGACCAACGUCGUUGAUGAUACCGCUUUGGGACAGUGUGCUGCAAAGGUAUGAAAAGCCAUUUACCACUUUAAGCCUCUCGCCAUAUACUUGAACGUUGGGCUUAACAUAAUUACUUAAAGCAGCGGGUUGGUAAAGGACCCAAGUCUUUUUUAUGUUAAAUGGUGAGACCGAAGUUUGUGCAGGCAUUGGAGAAAUUAGUAACACUGCUUUGGAUAUUAGCUUCUGUUCCAGCAUUUAGGGCACAAUCAUGGGCAUACGGAAAAUCCCUGAUGAUGUCUGUCAGGACCUUUCACUUUGCAUGUAGCCUCUUGAGAUUGAAUAGCCUACCAUCGUUACAGUAUCUGAGACCAAUUCCAACAACCCCUAUCUGAAGGUAUCAGUCAGCAUGGAGGAAAACAUUAGGCUGAAAAGUGUUGGGGCCAGGACACAACCUUGCUUGACGUCAUUUAUCACAAGGACUGGUUUAGAUGUCUCCCCAUUUUCCCCAAACCUAGCCUGCUUACCAUCAGACAUCCAUAUUUGACCAUGAUCUUCCAAAGACCAUCUCUACCAACAGUGUGGAAAGCCAUUAGUAAAAUCUACAAAGGUGGAGAAGAUGUCAACAUUCUGUUCCUUGCAUUUUUCCUGUAGCCACCACCUGGCCACAAACAUAAUAUUAAUAGUUUCGCAUUCUUUACAGAAAUAUUUAUACUUAAAAUAAAACUGAUUAUUUCAUUCCUCAAUUAAUUUUGUGUUUUUUGUCCCAUGUGCAGAAAACAAAGAGGCCACUUGAAGUUGUGCUCAAAAUCUAUAGUCUUUGUACCACAGGAGAUUCAAUAUCCCAUUCUUAAGGUUGACAUUUUCAUAAUUUUAGAAAAUAGAUUUACUUAUCAUAGUUAUAUAUGUUUAAGAAAAAUGAACCAUUGAGUCCAUUACAAACUAACCCAUUAGUAACUGAAACAUCAGUUUAGAUCUUUUUAUAAAGGGAUAUGUACACAUACAUUUUGAAUGAAAUAUAAUGUCUUUGCAAAUGUUUACCUUAAUUUUUUUCUUUCAGUUUCCUUUGAAAUAUGUUGAGGACAUUGAUGAAUGGGAGGGUGGACUUCUAUCAAAGUAUGUAUCCUGCCAUAACUGUCUACUUUCAUUACAACACACACUAUAUAUUGUGUAUAAUAUCUACCAUUAGUAAUAUAGUUAAAUUAAUGCCCAUCCCCCAUAAGACCAAGAAAAAUUUUUUAAGCCCACAUUACAGAAUGGAGUUAAUGUUCUUCUUGUAUUGUUUCUUUUAAAUGGUGUUGAUGUUCUUUUUAUAUUGUCUGUCUACUUGAGAAGACUUAUCAGCCAGUUUCGAUGUUUUGUUUUAAUUAAUGCCUUCCUGAUACCUUGUGGAUCUUUCCCCCCACCAGUCACUUAUUUGAAUGGAGCUUGCAUUCUGUUUUUUUUCUUUAUUACAGAGUUGACAGAUUGAUUAAAAUCUCCACAGAUCAAACUAUUGAAAUGAAGGAGAAAAACAUUGUGGCACCUUUUGUUUUCAGGAAGGUAAGUCAAGUUUGUACAAUUUUUGGCAUGAGGUGGUUUUCCUUGAAAUAGGGCUUCUUGCCUCUUGAGGUCCUAGAACCACUUGAGUGUCUGUGGAUUUGUUUCAGCAGUCAUUGAAUAAAGAAAUAGUCUCCAGGGAUCUCCAGGGAGUCAGUGAAUAAGUUAGUGUAUGAGGAAGUGUAUUAUAAGAGAACUGUAUUAUACUUAAACUAAAGAAUUAACAUUAAGGCUUGUGGCCUCCAAUCUUUUUAAUGAGAAGGGCCACAACCCAGAAGUUUUUAUUUGAAUUGGGAGAGUCAUGAAAUGAAUUGUAACUGUAUUAAUAAGGGUAAAAAAAUGUUAGCUUUAACUCUUAUAUUUUCAAUAUAAAUCCUAAGUUUUGUUAGAUAAAAUACAAUUUCAUCAAUUCAUAGAAUUUUGCCAAAGAGAAGCAAAAAAAAAAAAAGAAAUUGCUAGACAGCUGUUGGAGGUGGGUAGGAGCCCAUUGUGCUGUAAAGGUUAACAGAUGUUGAGGGGCCCAUUGUUCUGUGUAGGUAAACAGAAUACUGUGUAGGUUAAGAACUAAAGAGCUGACUUUAAAAUAUUGUUUAAUGGGAGUUGAUAAAUAUUAAUGUUCUAAAUUCUGUAUAUUUAAUUUGUAAUGUUUAAAUUGUUGCAGUCAUUUAUCUUUCUAAGCCUUAGGAAAACUUUAACUGGUCCCUCGUGUGAACAACCAUAGCAUAAGUCUGAUCUAAGCUUUUUUUACAAGUUUAAAUGAACGUAUCAAAAGUUCUCAUCCCAAACUUUUCUAACAUUACAUGAAAUUAAAAAAAGUAUUCAAGUCUAUUUUCAUUUUAUUUUUUUAAAAUUUUUGUAAAGGAAAAAAGCCAGCAUACAUUUUCUCUGAACUACGCUGCCAUAGAUGACUGUCUGCCUCAGAUGUCCCAGUUACACAGAGCUUCAACGCUUCCACCAGGAGAUCAGCAGGCAAUGGUAUAUAAAAUAGAGAACUUUUAGAUUUUGUAAAUGAAGUGUUUGUAAAUUAUAAUCUGGAAAAAAAAAAAGAUGAUUAAUGAGAAGCUGUCCCAAUAUCAGAUGUUACUUAAAAAUUUAGAAAAAUUGAGUGAUUUUUUUUUCCCCCUCCAACAGUUGAAUGCCAUUAUGUUGUCACGUCAGUCCAGGGUCAAGUUCAAUACAAGCUGGUUGGUAGUUUCUUAGGUUAAUUAUUAGAGAUUUAGCUUUGAUUUAAAAUUAACGAAUUUGAAUGCUAAAAUCCAGUGCCUUUCUUGCUGUUAAUGCCUACAAUUCUUUUGCUACCCUCUCGGAUACUAAUAUUUGGCUAAGUGCAAUUUUUAUUUAAUUCUGUUUUUACUGUUUGUUCGCUAAUGAAGGGUUUCCUGUCGAGACGUUCGAGACGUUCAUUAUUUUGUUUUUUUAGGUUUAUAUGAAGUUUUAAUUUAAUUCCAUUUUCAUCAUCUGACAUUAAAAUUAACUCAGUAAAUUUUCCAGUUUUUUUUAAAAAUAUAAUUCUCUUUUCCCGGAUGUAGGCUGGAGGAUAUUUAUGAAAAAAUUAUUCUUGAAACCAGAGGGGAUAGAAUCACACCACUGGUCACCAACCCUGGGAGAAUUAUGCUGACAUCUAGCCGACUGUACUUCCAGCCUUUCUGUAACAUUGAUAAGGUAAACCUCUACUUUUAUAAUCUACAGUUAUAAACUUAGAUGAAUAUAUAUUAAUAUAUAAAACCCUACUGUUUGAUCUAAACAUUCAAGGAUUUAUGAAUGUAUCUUGAUAUUUGAAAACCCUACUGUUUAACAUAUCUAAAACAGAUUUUGAAUAGAUCUUGAUAAAUAAAACCUAUUUCUUAUGUGUUCAUCUAAUUGUAAAACCCCAGAAGUCCAUGAUUAUAAAAUUAAAUACAUUUUAUGUAACUCAAUCCAACUUUGUCUGUUAAUAGCCCAUUACUAUUAUAAAUGUAUCUCAGGGAGAAAAUUGUCUUAGAAUGGGUGCAGCAUAGCAUAAGAGGCUAUCAUGUUCACACCUCUUGUUAUUUCUAUAUUAUCCAAAGCACACAUCCCAUCACUGGGAUUAAUCUAGUUGAAGUAAAUCGGUUGUCACAAUCAAUGUCUUAUUGCUUUUAUUAUAAACAUUUUUCAAAUACAAUCAAAAUCCUUUGAAUCAUUUCCUCAAUCGUCAUCGAACUGCUCUGGUGUUGGUCCAUUAGAAUGGCAAUAUUUGGUAUUUUUGUCUCCUCUAUGUAUAUAUAUAAAAAACAUGGCUAGCACAUAACAAAAACAUUGCUAACACAUAACAAAAACAUUGCUAACACAUAACAAAAACAUGGCUAAUACAUAAUGAAAACUAUGCUGAUGUCUGCAUUCGUGCUAUCACGCAUGGACUAUUGCAAUGCUCUUAUGGUGGGUCUUCCAGCUACUCUCCUGGAUAAAAUUAAAAAAGCACAGAAUAAUGCGGCUCGCAUUGUUCUUCGAAUUAGCAAAUUUGACCAUGCUAAAACACUUCUGAGAGAGUUGCAUUGGCUGCCGGUCCGCACUCGCAUAGAGUACAAAAUUGCAACUCUGUGCUACCCCUGCUUGCAUGACCUGGCACUGUCCUAUCUCAAAGCGCUACUUAUGCCUUAUGUACCCACUAGACAACUCCGCUCAUCUGAUAGUGGCAAACUCUCGAUACCACGUGUUCGCCUUGAGACUUACGAGGGGCGCACUUUCGCAUGUGCUGGCCCAACAAUUUUGAAUACCUUCCUAUCGCUAUCAGAAACAGCCAGACACUGGAGUCUUUCAAAACUGAUUUGAAGACUUAUCUUUUUCGCAAACACCUGCUGUGGUGAUGUUGUCUAUCUAGCUAUUAUCUUGUAGAUGUAUAUUGGCCUGAGUUGUUUAUGGUUGCAAGGUAUGAAAGACUUAGAAUGGGUAUUCUUGUAGGUAGUUUUUCAAUGUUGAAUUUUGUACUUCAAUGUGGUAUGUACAGCGCUUCGAGCUUUGGGGAUGAAGCGUGAUUUUUAAAUAAUCUUUAUUAUUAUUAUUAUUAUUAUCCAUUUGCAAGCCACAUGGCAAACCCUGACCUCAGUAUUUACUAAUUUUUUCAUACCAUCGAUCUUGGGUAAAAUAUGUGACACUGAAAUAUCAGUCUGGUUGGGUAUGGAUUUGUAACACUUGGACAAAUAAAGCAUGCUCAUGGGUUCAAAGAGUUAAGAAAUCUUAUGACCAAUGCAAAGAUUUUAAGUCCUUGUCUUUUUUGUUUUUUUAUGUGUUAUGGGAAAAAAAUCAACAUUGAUGGACAUGAUGAAUAACUUCAAUCAAUUGAAUGAAGUUCUAUAGUUUGAUUGACAUUUGAUAUAGUGAGUUUAAAAGCUUUAUGAAACUUAUUUCUUCUAUCUUUUAUUUAUGUUCUGUUGAUAAACCUGUACUUUCACUUUUUUUGUUUGUUGCAGUGGCCCAUUCUCAAGCUGCGAUUAAAAGAUAUCAAAAGAUUGAUUUGUCGCAGAUUCCUUUUGAGACAGCUUGUGAGUGUAUCUCUUUAUUAUAAUUAGUUAAACUCUUAAUCAUCUUAUCCAGGGAUCCUCAAACUUGUGAGUUUAUUUCAUUAUUAGAUUUAGUUAAACAAUUAAUCAUCAAAUCCAGAGAUCCUCAAACUUGUGAGUUAAUCUCAUUAUUAGUAAUAUAAAAAAUGCAUCCAACAUUAGUAUUUCAAUGAAAAAUGCAUUAGACGUUAGUAUUUCAAUGAGUCAUAUGAAACAGGCUGAAGUUUUAACGGUAUUAACUGCCUUCCAUUUAAUUUUAGGGUCUGGAAAUUUUCUGUGGGGACAGUGCUCCAGUUUCUCAUCUGUUUAUCGCCUUUAAGACUGAGGAAGCUCGAAACCAUCUCUAUGAAAGUCUAAUGAGUUUACCAGGCAAGACAAGUUUUAUCUAAAUGUAUUAUUAUGCCCAAGAUUAUUAUAUUUUGUUUCAUUAUAUAACUUAUCUUGCCACAGCAAAAAUUCUCCCUAUAUCUAGUUAAUGUACCUUGUCACUGCAAAUAUUCUCGCUAUAUCUAAGCCAUGUAUUUUGUCAUAGAGUGCAUUAUUUCUAUAGAGUGAUGUUUUUUCUGUAUUAAAACAACAAAAAGUUUGUGUAGUAAACAUGUAGUUGGUUUAUAAGUGAAGAGUAAGAGCUAAAUGCAAAUUAAAAUGUUUCAGCUACAUGGCUUCAUCAGUUAAAAUAAAAAAUGUAAUUAAUAUAAAAUAAAAUCUAUAUCAUGCAUGCCUUACCUAAUAAAUGAGAAGUAAAUAAACAAACAUUUGUUUUUGGUAGCUAAUUAAAAUCAAACCAAUGUUCAUUUGAACAUUCAGAUCUGAACCUUGAAAACACACGGCAGGAAGAUAUGACUUUUAAAUGGUCAACUGGGGCCAUCUCGAACUAUGAUUACCUUUUAUACCUCAAUAGGUAAGUGACUGGAAUGGGGACAUAUUCAAUCUUAUAUAACUACAAUGUCUAAUCUGGGGAAGUGGGGGUGGAUUCCUUUUAUAUCUAUAUUUUUUUUAAAUUGCCCCGUCCCUAACUUUGUAAAUGAUCCAUAUUUCGGCGACAGUAAUAUUUUGUUCCAUUAAAUUAAUAAGUAAUUUUUUAUUUUUGUUUUAAAUACUUAAUCCUUUCAUGUUUGUUAAUUUCAGCUUUGCUGAUAGAAGUUUCAAUGACCUUACUCAGUACCCUGUUAUGCCAUGGGUUAUUCAAGACUACACCAGUGAUACACUAGGUACAAAUUGUGUGUUCAUUCAUUAAUGCCAAUGUUAAGGCUAUACAUUGACCAGUGAUAGCAAAAAAUUAUUUAUUAAUCAAGAUUGAAUUACAGUAGGCCCAAGAUUAGAAAUGAGAUAUAAAAUAAAAUGACAUUUUAAAAUGUUGCAUGCUAUGACUUACUGCCCAGACAUUCUUCAUCUGGGCUAAUUAUAAAAGGGGACUGCCAUAAAGUUUUUAAGUAGAAAAACAAGACACCAUUUUUGUAAAGGAAAAGUGUAAGCUUAAUCUGGUGGACACAUUUAUAAAUGUGUGUGCAUAUUUGUAAAAUAUAUGGUGUGCAUAUUUAUAAAGAAAUGUGUGUGCAUAUUUAUAAAAUUUUAGGUCUGCUUAUUUAUAAAGUAACUGGUGUGCAUUUAUAUACAAUAAUGUGUGAGCAUUGUUGCCAAUCCUUAGAGAUUGAUUCCCUGUAUCAAAUUCUUUGACAAGUGCAUACAUCUUAAUCUCACAGUGAAAUGAACACAAGUCCUUUUUCAAAGACAAAGUAAACUUUAAUCCAGUAAAACGUAUAUUAUGUUGUAAAAUUAAUCAAACAUGCAUAGGACAGCUCGCUAUAAGUAGAAUAAUAUAACACAACCUUCACCCACCAUGCUCUUGACAUCAACUGUCAAAUGAAUAGGAUUUACACAAAAGACAGACUAUCGACACUAUGUCACAACUACAAUAAAGUCAGUCACAAUGUCACCAGCGUAAUGGUGCCAAAAGCUUUCAUUAACUAAACUAACACACAAGACAACCACAAGCAAUAAAAGACAAUAUUCAGUGUGCAAAAAUAACUAGUUAAUAUCCAUACUGAUACGGAUAUUUAUAAAAUAUCAUGUUUGCUUAUUUAUAAAAUAACUGGUGUGCAUAAUUCUAAAAUAAUUAAUGAGCACAUUUAAAAAUAAUUUGCAUUCACUUUCAAAGAAUUCUGUGUAUAUUCAUUUAUGAAACAACUUGUGCUCAAAUUGUUGACCCUGCUAUGAAAUAUAUCACUACAACUAACUAUAAAUGUUUCAUAUUUUAUGUUGUCUCUGUCUACAAAUGAAGACCUUGAUAAUGAAGACUCAUAUCGUGACCUUAGCAAACCAAUUGGAGCUCUAAAUUCUGAUCGGCUUGACAGAAUCAAGGUAUUUUGAAGAUUUCAAAAAUGCAUUUAUUUAAUUCCAUGCAACUUGUGUAAUUACAUUUACCAUAAUCUGAAUAUUUUUAGCUUGAGGCCAAUCCAGAUUUAAAAACCAUUAGCUGUGGGUAAAUUUGUCUUUCUUUUGCUGUAUAAGCCUUAUACCACUUGCGACUUUACUCCCUUUAGAACCAGAUGUGGUGGAUAGAACCUUGUCUCGGAGUAGGUCCCCUUCAUUAUGGGCACAGAAACAAUGUCAGAGUCUAAAGUCCGUUUUUUUUCUCUUAGCCCCCACCUGGCUGAUGUGUAGCUAGAAUUCAACCAAAGAGACGUUUAAAAGUCCAUGUUUCUUUAUUCACCGGUGGCUUAUUGCGUGCAAUAGAGUUAAACAAGAAUUAAUUAUUGGCGUUCAGGAUAAAAAAUGAGUGUAAAAAAAUCCUACACAUCCUAUCAUUAAAAAAAAACACAUUAACUGCCUAUUAAAAAAAUAAUAACUGUACUCCUGGCAAAGAAAUAAUAAUAAUGCUCCUAUCCCCACAAAUGUAUUAACUCUCACUCACAAAAUGUACACAAACUUUUAUACUAAUGUUUCCAAUCCUCAGUCAGUGGUCAGAUGUAGCUGAGCUCUAUUCAUGAUUGAAGGAAACUUUACAAUUGUUCACUCACAUAACAACACAAAAUACAGGUCAUGACACGGCAAACCUACAGCAUGUAAUCUGACUGAUGGCAAACCUACAGCAUGUAAUCUGACUGAUGGCAAACCUACAGCAUGUCAUCUGACUGAUGGCAAACCUACAGCAUGUCAUCUGACUGACACUAGAGUCCACAGCAAACCUACAGCAUGUCAUCUGACUGACACUAGAGUCCACUUACUAUAUUUAUAUUUUAAAAAUCAAUCUUUGUUUCCUUCCUUUAGGAAAGACUUCCAGACAUUCCAGAACCCAAAUUCCUGUAUGGAUCUCAUUACUCCACACCAGGAUAUGUCCUGUUUUAUCUUGCUAGGAUAGGUUUGUCAUGUCUCUGAAUAUGUCCUGUUUUGUCUCAAUAGGAUAGGUUUGUCAUGUCUCUGAAUAUAUCCUGUUUUAUUAUCUCAAUAGGAUAGGUUUGUCAUGUCUUGAAAUCUGUCCUGAUUAAUCUUGCUAGUAUAGGUUGGUCAUGUCUCAUAAUCUCGCUAGGAUAGGUUGGUCAUUUGCCAGCAUAUGUCCUGUUUUAUCUAUCUAGGAUAGGUGGGUCAUAUGCCGGGAUUUGUACUUCUUUAUUUUGCUACAAUAAGUUUGCCAUUUUCCAAUUUAAAAAAUGGUUAGAAAUAAAAAUAAUUUUCUCCUCAAUUUACUAAACAUUUGAAUAAUAAUGUCAUAGUGUCAAAGAACUUAGUUUAAUCAAAUGAGAAGUGAUUUAAAUAACUUGUUAUUUCUUGCAGCCCCAGAAUAUGUCUUGUGUUUACAGAAUGGGAAGUUUGAUCACCCUGACAGAAUGUUUAACAAGUUAGUUUUAUUUUUAUCUACAUUUACUUUUACCAUAGGACUUUUCACUGAAUUUUAAGAUAGUUUCUUCCCUGUUUGACGCCUGAAGUCCAUGGAACAGUGGGGUUGAGGGAGAUCAGAAACGUGAAGCCCAUGGAACAGUGGGGUUGAGGGAGAUCAGAAAAGUGAAGCCCAUGGAACAGUCGGAUUGAGGGAGAUCAGAAAUGUGAAGCCCAUGGAACAGUCGGAUUGAGGGAGAUCAGAAAUGUGAAGCCCAUGGAACAGUCGGAUUGAGGGAGAUCAGAAACGUAAAGCCCAUGGAACAGUCGGAUUGAGGGAGAUCAGAAACGUAAAGCCCAUGGAACAGUCGGAUUGAGGGAGAUCAGAAAUGUGAAGCCCAUGGAACAGUCGGAUUGAGGGAGAUCAGAAAUGUGAAGCCGAUGGAACAGUCGGAUUGAGGGAGAUCAGAAACGUGCAGCCCAUGGAACAGUGGGGUUGAGGGAGAUCAGAAAUGUGAAGUCCAUGGAACAGUGGGGUUGAGGGAGAUCAGAAAUGUGAAGUCCAUGGAACAGUGGGAUUGAGGGAGAUCAGAAACGUAAAGCCCAUGGAACAGUGGGGUUGAGGGAGAUCAGAAAUGUGAAGUCCAUGGAACAGUGGGGUUGAGGGAGAUCAGAAAUGUGAAGUCCAUGGAACAGUGGGGUUGAGGGUGAUCUUUACCAUAUUUGGACUUCUAUUAAAAAUAAUUUAAAAAUCCAUUAAAUAUUUAAGAUAUAUGAUAUGAUUGAAAAAAGAUUUCAAUAAAAAAAAUAAUGCAUUUGUUACAGUUUCUUUGAUACAUGGAAUAAUGUGUUGAAUGGAGCAUCAGACUUUAAGGAGCUGAUCCCGGAGUUUUACAGUGGAGAUGGCCUCUUCUUGACACACAGAGGAGUAAGUCACUUUUUUUAUAGAUUUUUUCAAUAAUUUUAUAAUGGUGAACAUACUGUUUGUGCUCAACUAUAAUGUUGCACUCAACCAUAAUCUUGUACUCAACCAUAAUCUUCCACCCAAAAAUAUAUAUUGCAUAAAAUGAGAACUCUGGACAUUUGCUUAAAAGUAGAAAGAUUAAAUAUCCUUGGUUACGUUGGUAAAUUUGUUAUCCACAAGCUGGCAUGCAAAUUUUUUUCUUCUAUUAUGGCUUUUUUCCCCAUUUGCAUUAUAAUUCUCCAUUAUUAUUGGUUCUAUUUUUUCAGCCCAUCUCUUUUGGGUUUCGAAAUGAUGGCAGACAAGUUGGGGAUGUAGAACUGCCUCCAUGGGCUUCAUGUGAGUUGACUAUUUGUUCAAAUCAACAAUGAAAUGUCGUGGCCAGAUCAAGUCCUUGGUGACCUUGAGUACAGCCAACAGCUGGGUUCAUCAAAGUUAACUUGCAGACUAGGCUCAAAGUCUGUAAUCCUGCAGGUGGUACAGCUGUCUGCUAUUGUACAACUACAUAGUAGUCUGUAACCUUGCAGCUGGUACAGUUGUCUGAUGUUGUACACCUACAAUGUAGUCUGUGACCUUGCAGUUUGUACUACUGUUCUUCUACUGCAGUUGAAUAAAAGUAAAGCACUAAACACUUGUAAAAGGCAGAUGAUCAGUUCCACAAGCCCUUUAAGUCUGGGUCUAGGGCCACUGGAGUUUAUCAAAGCACACAGUCUGUUAAGCCUUUCAUAAAUACAAACUAAAUCAACUCUGUUUUUAAAAGAGGCAGCUGUCAUGAGUAGAAGUUAACCCUUUCUCCGUGUUCGAGAUUAUAUUUUUAUUGUUAUCUCUGCAGCCCCAUCAGAACUGAUAUCAUUGCUAAGACAAGCCCUGGAGUCUGACAUAGUUUCUCGUAAUAUCCACCACUGGAUCGACCUCAUCUUUGGCUAUCAACAGAGGGGGCAGGAGGCCUGGGAGGCUGACAAUGGUAAAACCAAGUAUAGCAAUUAAUGUUUUUUUUUAAAAUAUUAAUUUAGUGGAUUUGGCAAAAUUAAAUAACUGAGGUCAGAUAACAAUAUAGGAAACUAUUAAUUAUUCCAUGGUAUGGAAAGGUGAUAUAGCAGUGUGAUAUAGCAAUGUGAUAUCUAAAAGUUACAUUACAAUCAAAAGAUUUUUUUCAUUGAUUAAGCCAGAGAAUAUUUUCAUAGACUGAACAAAAUAGCAAAUCUGCUGUCUACAUUUCUGAGUUAAAAAAGUGAUAUAUUUCACAAAUUAAAACGGUAACCUUCCUUUUUGUUAAAACAUUAUUUCCUGCUUUAUUUUCCAGCGCAUAAUCUCUAACAUCAAAUAGGUUAGGCUUGUGGACGUUUUAAUGUGGAUUUUUUUUUUGUGUAGAAAGAUAAAGAAGAGAAAUUUUCAUUUCAUUUUUAUAGAUUUAAAAAGUUUUCUUCAUCUUUGUUUUCUUGUUUAUGGAUUUAAAAUUGCAAUGUGUCAUGCUUCUCACCUCCCCUGUCCUCUUCUUAUCUCCCCUGACCUCUUAUUAUGUCCCCUGUCUUCUAAUUUCCUUUGUCUUUAGUACUCAUUAUAACUUGAGGUUUAUUUUUAUUAAUAGUGUUUUACUACCUGACUUACGAAGGAGCCAUUGACUUAGACAGGUGAGUGAACCAGAACAUUGUGGUAUCAUGUGUUUGGGUGUCUGUUACUAAUAACUUCUCAUUGGAGAUGGCGUCGGUGGGUCGUCGAGCCUGAUCUCUUAAGACCCCACACGGGCCGAUGCCGGGUUCCCCCACCGCCAGACCAUGCGGAAGCCUGGGGGGAUGUCCGGUCGACUGAAAACGCUGCGUUUAAAGCGUUCGCGGUCCACUCUCCUUGGGUCUGAACGGCUUUACUUCCUCUCCGGGGGGAAAGGUGUUGCGUUUCCUCCCCCCCACCCCCCAGGGAGUUGUCCGGUCGGGACGUAGCAAGGACGAAACGGUCGCCUAAGAGCGGGUUUCUCAGGGCCGUAUAGUUUAAAAUCCUCUGCAAGGGUUUUGGCCGCCACCCAGGCCUGAUAUCCAUUAUCGGCAACAAGUAAUCAUUUUAUGGCGUUCCUCCUGUUGCUUUAGGAGUCAUGCAAAGUGGCCGGGGUUUUUGGCUUCGGGAGAGACCUCCCUACUAGUCUGGCAUGCCACGAAGAGGCAAACCCCAUGUGACACCGCCGAGUCGCCUCGGUGGUGCUGAACUUUGACCUAGAGGCGUUUGGUCGCCGUACAACAAGGGGUGUCUGUUACUAAGAAAUGGGAAACUAUAUUGUGACAUUUUGGAUAAUGACAUUAUUUAGCUGGGUUAAAAGAAGAAUCUAAUAAGUUUUUAUCAGCAAGAACGUUCUAAUGAACUGAAGAGGUUUUUACUGGCACAGUUUGACUGCUUUCAUUCUAGCAUCCAGGACGAAGCUGAACGCAGAAGUCUGGAGACCCAGAUCAUGGAGUUUGGUCAGACUCCCAAGCAGCUUUUCAAGAGCCCUCACCCGCAGAGGUUCAAAUCCCAGAGUAUCCCAAGUCUUCUGACCCCUGCUCCACGAUCCCAUUGUCUUGAGACUGUGCCAGCAUUAGACAUCGGGGAUGGACCCCUGGAUAUUGAAGGUAUGAUCAUAACAAAUUUUCCUUUGAGCUGCAGACGAGAGUCAGAAUGGAAUAGAUUUGAAACUGAUUAUAGAACAUGCUUUUCUAAUUAAUAAUUAUUGUAUUUAAUUUAGUUUUAAUUAAACAUUGCUGCUUACAGGGAAAGUUGGUGCUGCUAUAUUUGUUUUAAGGAUCUAUUAAGAAUAAGAAAAAUUGAAAAAACUUGAGCUAGAUCUUCAGGGUUCAUAAGCCUGAUAAGUAUGAUAGCUUCCUAUAAAAUUGCAGAUUUCUUUAAACUUAACAAAGUGCUCAUUAUAAGCCAUUGUUAUUAUCAGAUUUCAUAAUCAGACAACCCUGUUGCCAUAUCUCAUAUUUCAGUACCAGAAAACUCUAGUAAAAAUCUCAGAUUUCAAUAACUUUCAAAAUUAUUCAUUGACUAUUAACUUUCAGAUAAGAAAUAAGAACUUGCAUUUUUAAAUUGUUUGUUUUUAAGACGUCAAAGAAGCCCCUAAAAAUUUUGACCUCAACAAGAUGAACUGUCACCUUCAGUACACACUCCAUAAAGAGUAAGUGUUUAUAAAUAGAUUGAAACAUAUACAUUGAUAUGUAUGCCUCUAAACCAAAGCACAGAAUCAUUAUUGCUAUUUAUAGACUUCAAUUGUUUUUCAAAUGCUAUUUUGUCAUUUUAAAGUGUAAUUCCUUUUUUUCUGGGGUCUUAUUUAAGGCUUGCUUCUAAAGAGACUAAAUGGUAUUUAACUUGCAUAGAUAUUAAUGGGAGGGGAGUAUUGGGGAUAACAGGUGGGGAGGGUGGUUGGGGGAAACUGUCAUAAAUAAAUGCUGGUCAAUACGUUAAUAGUUUUGUUUGUCCACUUCCCAGUGCAGUGAGCGAAGUUUGCAUGUCUCCAGAUGGUCUCAGUACAUUCUCAGUGUCUCAAGGUUGGUCUUUUAUACAGCACCUGACAACAAGGACACUGACCAUACAUCUCCUGACAACAGGCGCACUGACCAUACAUCUCCUGACAACAGGGACACUGACCAUACAUCUCCUGACAACAGGGGCACUGACUAUACAUCUCCUGACAACAGAAUCACUCACAAUACAUCACCUGACAACAGUAGCACUCACAACACAUCACCUGACAACAGUAGCACUCACAACACAUCACCUGACAACAGAAUCACUCAUAAUACAUCACCUGACAAUAGAAGCACUCACAAUACAUCAGCUGACAGUAGGGUUUUGACAACAACAAAAAUGGGGAUUUAUUUAAUUCCUUUUGAACUCCAUUGCUUAAACCUUGUUUUAUUAAUGAUUAAUUAAUGUUGUAGUCUAGAAACAAGUCUUGAUUAUAACAUCAAUUUCAAUAUUUACUUACAAGCCAAGUAGUGUAUUGUCUAAAUCAAGUUGCCUUUAUCAAAGUUUUUAUUAAUUUUAUUGGCUACUUCCUAAUUAUUUUAUUUGACAUUCUAUUUGAACCACUUUUAGAUAGUUUCUUGAAAAUGUAUUCAUUGGAAGAACAGAGGCAGUUGAGGAGUGUCAACAUGUCACAGAUGGUAUGCAGAAGGCUUCAAUGCUUUGUUAAGUGUGCAUGCAAAAACUUUUAAUUUCUAGGCUGCAGGUUGUUGUAAUUAUAAAUUAUAACAAAUUUUAUUUGGUAAGACUGCUGCAUGAAGUUAUUUAUCCAGGGUAAAACCAAGUUGAUGGCCCCACCAAGUUAUGGGUAAAACCUAGUCCCACAAUUUUUAGGGAUGGCCCUACCUAGACAUGGGUAAAACCUAGUCUGAUGAUUUUAGUGAUUCCCGCCAAGUUAUGGGUAAAACCUAGUCUGAUGAUUUUAGCGAUUCCCGCCAAGUUAUGGGUAAAACCUAGUCUGACAAUAUUUAGGGAUGGCCCCCACCAAGUCAUGGGUAAAACCUAGUCUGACAAAUUUAGUGAUUCCUGCCAAGUUAUGGGUAAAUCCUAGUCUGACUAAUUUUAGGGAUGGGAUCCCCAAAUUAUGGGUAUAACCUACUUUGACAAUGUUUGGAAUGGUCCCACCAAAACUAAAUGUGCUGAUAUGGUAGAUGAGUUCUUGCUGUUCUCAUCCCAUAAUGACAGCUAAUGAAUGAUUGCACCUCUCCUCUGUUUAAGGCUUUGUCUUCAUGUGAAGUUAUGGAAGAUAACAAAACUAUUGUAGUUGGCUGCUGGGACAACAAAGUGUAAGUUUGUUUUAUUGUCAUUAUUUGGUCUUCUAGCCUUUCCUGUUACAAUCAACAGGCAUAAUGUUAGGCAGGGCUAAGCAAAAUGCUAGGCACAGGUAAGAAUAGUGUAAGGCACAUGUAAGCAUAUUGUUAGGCAUGUGUAAAGGGUCAUUGUGAUUACAGAUGCAGCAGAUGUUUCUUGACAUUGUCUUCAUGGAGUUAGUUACAAUGAAUUUGUGGUUAAGGGAGACUACUGUUACCCUACUCCUUUAAUAUUUGAUCCUAAAAUAAUUCUCUAAUCAUUUAUUUAUUUUUUAAAAAAUUUCUGUUCCAAUAGAGGAUUAAAUUAUAGUUUGAGAAGUCAGAACUAAUUACAACUCCAUUUUUUUCAUCCCUGUCUCCAACAGCUAUUUUUACAGCAUUGAGUAUGGUAGAGUACUAGACACACUGAAUGGACAUGAUGAUGCAGGUUUGGACAUAGUAUUGUCUUUUUUAUUUCAAACCAAAAAUUUCAUUUCUGAGAAGAGACAAGAGUUUGUACAAAAACUGAAAAAUUCAUAAAAUUCAUAGUGUCAUAUUACAAUGACAUGACACCUUUAUCUCUUAAAGACCAACGAUGGUCACAUUACCAGACCUGUUUACUCUUACAAUUUUGGCGUACAAUGUACGAUUUUGAGGUUUAAACAUCAUAUAUACUGUGUGUUUAUUUUUUUACUAUAAAUAUAAGAUAUUGAACAAUUUUGUGAUGAUAUUGUACAAUUUUAAGAGUUUGAGGGUAAACAGGGCUGCAUACAGAAUAACUUUAAAAAAGACAGUAAUGAAACUAAAGCACAGUGUCAAUUUUAACCUCGGUAUCAUGUACUAUAUGCUAAAUAACACCACUGGUUUGUCUUCUAGUGUCUUGUGUGAGGUGGAAGUCUGGGAGGUUAUUCACAGCUUCAUGGGACUCAACAGUUAAGGUAAAAACAAAUUUCAAUGCUACAAUGCCACUGAAUGUGAAAAUAGAAAAUAUGAAUUUGACAAUACCACAAUUUUUUACCCCUUCCUCCCCAACAAAUUUAAAUAUCUAAAUCUGUAAAAUCUCUCCCCCCCCCUCUAAAUUAUGUCCAAAAAUCCAAAAAUAUAAUAAUAAACACACAAGUUCUUUGAGAAAUUUUAAAUUUGCAACAAUUAGAAUCCUAGUCUAUAGUCAAUUUUAUUUGUCAGAAUUAAUAAAGACUUAAUAAAGUGUUAAUGUUAUUGUAAGUAAAUUUAUUGAUAGUUGAUUCCCAAUUUUAAGCCAAAUGUUCACGCUGGUUAGCCCAAUGCUUAUCUUUUGCAUUUGUGCACAGUGACUGAUUAUUUGAUCACUGUCAUUUUGAUAUUAUCAUGGAACCAGCUGACACCAUCCUCAUCUAGUCCAACCCUUCAUUGCUUAAAAGAUCAGCAUUUCUCUGUGUGCAAUAAUUGUGGUCCCCUCUUUCUGUCUUUUGUCAGCGACUUGAAUUAGCCGUAUCUUCGCGUUUUUGUUUGAAGAACAGAUAUUAUUUCUUAGACCUAGAAUUGCAUCAUGGGUGCUGUUCUGACCAUGGGAAAUUAUAAGAAUAUUUAAGCCUAUAGCCUAAUUUAACACAUAUUUUAUUGAACUAUUUAUGUAUGAUUUUUAUUUUUAGAUAUCAUAGAACUUGUCAAACUUUUCCACCCCCAUCCUCCCAUUAUGUUGACGUAAUUUAUGGAGGCCCACUUAUGGUAAUAGUAAUAGCAGAUAUGAAAAAUUUGCAUUGAUUCAUGUUUAGACUCUUGAAAUGGAGUCCAGUAGUUUGUAAAUCACCCCUAUCAUGCAUGCAUGGUGUGGGACUAUCAGGCUGAAGAAUACAAAAUUCCUAGUAUAAGAAGACCCCCCCCCCCCCCAACAAAAAAAAGCAACAACACACAAAUUGUUAUUGAGUGGUACAACCUGGCAUAAGAUGAAAAUUUCACAUACUAAGGUCCACCAUCUCCAGCUCACCCCAUCUCCAUUAGUGUAGAGGUGUCUCGCAGGAUCACCAAAUCGCUCACAGAUUUAAACGAAGAGUCAGGAAAACCUCCAUUAACCUCUCAAUCAUACUGUGUGCUCCUAUACCAGACCUGUUUACUCUUACGAUUUUGGAGUAUAAUGUACAAUUUUGAGGUGUAUACAUUAUAUAUUUUGUAUGUUUAUAUUUUUCUAUUAAGAUAAUGUAAUUACCGUUUUUUUUAAUGAUAUUUUACAAUUUUAAGAGUUUGAGGGUCAACAGGUCAGCUAUACCCUUCUACAGCAGUCAAUAAAUAUGAAUUAAUGAAUGAUAUCGGGCAUUCAUGGCUUUUUGUCUUACAGGUGUGGGAAAUGGACUUUACAGGUACACCCAAUGGAUUGCCCAUGCCCAAUUACCUGGUGAGGCAUUUCAUCUUCAUCAGUUGAAUUAAGGCUUCUAAUUGACUUAAUGAGACUAGCUGACUUAAUGAGACUAGUUGACUUAGACUAGAUGACUUAAUGAGACUAGUUGCCUCAAUGAGACUAGUUAACUUAAUGAAACUAUUUGACUCAAUGAGACUAGUUGACUCAAUGAGACUAGUUGACUUAAUAUGAUGAGUUGACUUAAUAGGACGAUUUGACUUAAUGAGACUAUUUGGCUUUAUGAGACUAGUUGACUUAAUGAGGCUAGGUGACUCAAUAGGACUAGUUGAAUUAAUAGGACGAGUUAACUUAAUGGGACUAGUUGACUUAAUGGACUAGAUGACUUGAUGGGACUAGUUUACUCAAUAGGUCUAGUUGACUCAAUAAGACUAGUUGACUCAACAGGAUGAGUUGACUUGAUGAGACUAGUUGACUUAAUGGGAUGAGUUGACUUAAUUAGACUAGAUGACUUAAUGAGACUAUUUGACUCAAUGAGACUAGUUGCCUCAAUGAGACUAAUUGCCUCAAUGAGACUAGUUGACUUAAUGGGACUAGUUGGCUUAAUAGGACGAGUUGACUUAAUGGGACUAGUUGACUUAAUUGGACUAGAUGACUUAAUGGGACUAGUUGACUUAAUUGGACUAGAUGAUUUAAUGGAAAUAGUUGAUCAAUGAAUACUCAUAUUUUGUUUAAAAAUGUUUGUUGUCAUUCAUCAUCAUCAUUUGAAAAAAUUUAAAUAAAAGAUUUGAUUCCCUUUCAACAUAGUUCCAUGUUUUGUAAAUUGUACAUCUAGCUUAAUUAAUUUUUUUUUCUUUUGGUUUGUGUGUGUGGUUGGGGGGGGGGGUUAAAUAGAAACCUGAACUCUCCGCCCUGGAGUGGUAUGAUUGACACCACAACCCUGUGCGUGUAUGACUGACAAGAGAUUUGAUGUGCAUGAAUGACAAGAGAUUUCAUGUUUGUAUAUUUGAUGUGAUUCAGGGUCAGUUAGACCAUGAUGAAGGAGUGACAUGUCUGGACAUUGAUGACACUGGCGGCAUAAUAGUGACAGGUACAAAAGAUGGACACCUGACAAUGUGGGACUUGAACAGCUUCUACCCUGUUUCUUCUAUCUCUGGUAAUAAGUUGUACUCAUUAAGUCAUCACUUGUACCAUGUCUAAUUUUUUACCAUGUCUUAUGUCUCUGGUAAUGAGAAUUACUCAUUAUGUCUCCUGUUGUACCAUGUCUCCUGUUGUACCAUGUCUCCUGUUGUACGAUGUCUCCUGUUGUACCAUGUCUCCUGUUGUACCAUGUCUCCUGUUGUACCAUGUCUCCUGUUGUACCAUGUCUCCUGUUGUACCAUGUCUCCUGUUGUACCAUGUCUCCUGUUGUACCAUGUCUCCUGUUGUUCUUCAUACCAUUGACAAGAGGUUGUUGUUGUUUGUUUGAUAAUGCUAAUAGUUUUUAAGGAUAGUUAUCAGAUAUCUCACAAAAGUUCAACAGCUUACUGUAAUCAUUUUGUUUGACAAAUGUUUUGAUGGUUCCAAAAUAAAUGGAGUCAAAAUUUAUAAGGCUAAGUAAAAAUAAACCCUACUGCAGAUCCAUAAAAGGGGAAAUUACUUUUGAAACUUUAUAAAACUAUUCAACCAAAAGUCGGGAAAGGUUAGUUAAGUAUUUAAGUAUGGGCAUUGUGCUGAUGGUAUUAGGGAUUGAUUUCCAUUUCGACCAAACAAUGUAUAUAUUUUUUGUUUUUUUGAAGUUUACAAAAAGGAUUGUUUUGAAGUAGGCGCACCAAUAAACUUUGAUUUUUCUUAUUUUCUCUUUAUUGUUCCAGCUCAUGCCGGCACUGUGAAUGCAUGCCUGCUCAGCUCAGACAAACAGCACAUCUACUCAUGUGGGGCUGACAGUCUUCUCAAAGUGCUGGAUGUUGAAACUAUGACAGAACUACUGACAAAAGAUCUAGAACAUCAGAUAUGGUAACUUACACUUUUGACUGACAAGAGAUUUUAAGUCUUUGACUGACAGAGGUUUUUUCUUCUUCUAUAUCUUAAGGGCCCACGAUCAAUUUAUUGAUCAUUUUGGCUCCUAUGCAUGUAGAUGGGAUUUGCAAUGUUUCUGUUACUGGUGGUGAUGAGGAAAUUAUGCACUAGUGGUUUGAAGGCUUGAGGCAAUAGACACAAAUGUGUCUAGUGUUAUCGCCUCAACUGUUCCUUUUGAAAGAUGGUUCCAGUCCCUGAUUGUCUUGGGCAGGAAUGAGCAGCUCCUAUACUGGCUUCUUGCUGGUAUGAGCCGGAAUUGCCUGUCAUGGCCUCGUCGCUGUCUAUGGGGGAGAGGGACGAGUUUCUGUUUAAUACUCGAACAGUGGACCAGCCCAUUAUUUAUCUUGUACAUCAUGGAGAGCCUGGAUUGUCGUUGUCGUUUCUCCAAUGGUGACCAGCCUAGUGUUUCUAGCAUGCUGCCAACACUAGAGGUAUUCCUGUAGCGGUUUAGGACAAAGCGUGCUGCUCGUCGCUGGACCGCCUCCAACCUGUCAAUGCUCUUCUGGACAAUGCUCUUCUGGGUAAAUGGGUCCCAGACUGAAGAUGCAUAAUCUAAAAUCGGACGGAUAAAGGCUUUAUAUGCUCUUUCUUUCACACAGGAGUUGCCAAUCUUUAGAUUUCGCCUUAAGAACCCUAGGGUUUGAUUCAGGUGAUUGGGUAAGCGACCCAUGUUUUAAAGUAAGAGACCCAUGUUUUAAAGUAAGAGACCCAGGUGUUAAAGUAAGAGACCCAGGUGUUAAAGUAAGUGACCCAGGUGUUAAAGUAAGUGACCCAGGUGUUAAGUAAGUGACCCAGGUAUUAAAGUAAGUGACCCAGGGUAUUGAGCACAAAGUUAUGCAGCUUAACAAUACUUCUAUAUUUAGAUCAAAAGAUUGUUGUAAUAAUACAUGAUAAGAAUUUCUUGUCUAUUGACUUUGCUACUUUCCACCUCAGCUGCAUGAGUCAAGUAAAAGAAGCUCAGAUACUGACUGGAGAUGCUGGAGGGAAUCUGUGCCUAUGGGACAUGGAUCGGGGACAGGUUGCACAGACUUUACAUGCACACAAAGGUCAGAUGGAGUUUUGCAUCGGGCUCAACUGUUAAUUUUCAAGUGUGGAUCACUGAUAGUCACUUGUCAUAUCUUUUAUUGAAACUGAACAGUCUUUGUACAUAAGAGGGCUCUUGACAAUAGUCUUGUGUAGACCAAGCUGAGAUAGCGUCAACUACCUGUUUACUUUCUCUCCGCAGGUGCCAUCACAUGUAUGGACUUACGUUGUGAGGGAACUCUGCUUACAGGUGGAAGUGACAGAACUGUUAUGUUAUGGAAACAACAUCUGUGAUACUGGCAGCAUAUUUUCUUACUAAUUGUUCUAUUGUGUUACACAUUGUGACAUAGUUUGCCAUGGUACUGCCAAUACUAUGCAGCUUUGAUACCAUAGCAUAAUUACAUCAUCAUAGUUACCAUAUCAUUGUUACCAUAACAUCCUUACCUUUUCAUAGUUGCUAUAUAAAUGAUAUCAGAACAGAACUGACAAUGAUCAUUCAUUCCGCUGUCAAAGUGAUGAUACUGGGUGAUUAUGUUAUUUUGAUAUUUAACUUUAAGGAGUUUAUUUAUUAAUAUUUAAUAUAUUUGUCUUCCAAAUUCACCUCAUCUUACCUUAAAACACCUCAUCUAACUAUAAAACACCUAAUGUAACAAUAAAACACCUCAUCUAACCAUAAAAACCUCAUCUAACCAUAAAACACCCCAUCUCACUAUAAAACACCUCAUCCUCACCAUAAAACACCUCAUCUCACCAUAAAACACCUCAUCUCACCAUAAAACACCCCAUCUCACCAUAAAAACCUCAUCUCACUAUAAAACAUCUCAUCUCACUAUAAAACACCUCAUCUAACCAUAAAACACCUCAUCUCACCAUAAAACACCUCAUCUCACCAUAAAACACCUCAUCUCACCAUAAAACACCUCAUCUCACUAUAAAACACCUCAUCUCACCAUAAAACACCUCAUCUCACCAUAAAACAUCUCAUCUCACCAUAAAACACCUCAUCUCACCAUAAAAAACCCCAUCUCACCAUAAAACACCCCAUCUCACCAUAAAACACCUCAUCUCACCAUAAAACACCCCAUCUCACCAUAAAACACCCCAUCUCACCAUAAAACACCUCAUCUACUAAUAAACCAACUUGACUAUCGUAAGACUCCACUCACCUCAUUCAUUUAUUUUUUGUUUUGUUUUUUUUUAAUCUUUUUUUGUUCAUUGGUAUAUUUCCCUUUGAUUUAACAAUUGAGAUUAUCAUGAAUAUUCAGCCAAAAGUCUUUCAUUGAGAGCCGAUUGAGAUUAAGCCCUUUAGUCAAGCUGGUAUUUUUUUUGUUCUUCAAGAGAUUUUUUUUUUGUCUGCUUGUGUUGAGUGGCAGAACUUAUUCUUGUCACUAGAAGUGGAUUGAAAGAAAAUAAAUGUUUACUUGGAUCGAGUGAAGUUUUAUCACAACUUACAGGGGUGGACUGGGCCGUUGGGACACCGGGAGGAUUCCCGAUGGGCCGCCAGGACCGGUGAUAUAUUAAUAACUAAUAUCAUAGGGCCGCUUUUUGUUUUUUCCCCGGGCCGCUUGAAGUCCCCAGUCCACCCGUGACAACUUAGUUGCAGUUAGAGUGUGAGAUUUCAUGACUUUGUUUGGACGGAGUGCAGGUUUAUCACAAGAAAUGAAGAGUGUGAGUGACUAUUAGUUGCAAUUAGAGUAUGUGCUUUCAUCACUUUAUGUCAUCUUCUAGCUGUAACUCACUAAAGAAACAAACAUUGGAUUAUAGAAAGCUUUGAGCCCAUGCCAACAAUGUACAAUGUGAUACUCAGUGAUAGUAGAGAAAGGAGGAUCAUGUAUAACCUAGGUUUGAAUGUACAUUGUGAUUGUGGAGAAAGGAGGAACAUGUAUAACCUAGGUUUGAAUGAUGGAACAUGUAUAACCUAUGUUUGAAUGAUGGAACAUGCAUAACCUAUGUUUGAAUGAUGGGACAUCCAUAACCUAUGUUUGAAUGAUGGAAGAUUGAAUAAGAACAGGCUGAGUUGACAAUGUUCUGUUCUCACCAGUUGCGGAAUGAAUUCUUAAAAUGGGAACUUUUUUUUUUUUCAAACAAAUAGGUAUAUUCCUGUUUUUUUUCUCCCAAUUUCUUAUGUCUGAAGAUAACAGAUUUUCAGUCUUACCCUCUCACAGUUAGAGAACUACUGAUUUUUAUUCAUAUUUCAAUGAAAUUUUUCAAAAUGGUCAUCAGUUCAAAAUGUAAUAUCUUAGGGAGAGAUUUCUAGUCAGCUUAAUUGUAAAUUUCUGUUGAAUUUAUUAACAAUUUUUGACAUUUAAAAGUAAAACAAAAUUAGAUUCAUGUAUUUCUAUUAAGUAAGACCAAUUAUUUUUCUUAUUAUAAUUAUAGGGAAUUGUUUAACGUUUCUACCAGGAAACUGCUGUAGUAUUUGCAACCAUAACAAUUGUAGACAUUUUUUUCCUCAUGUGGUAAUUCGGGCAUCCAUUUUUUUUGUGUAUUCCACCGAUUCCUUGGGUCAAUAAAGCCUGGCUUUCUUCUCAUCACUACUUUUGGCUGUUGGACUAUCUAGGAAUUUGUUUUUGUAAUAUUGAAUAUCGAUAAUUAAAUUGUUGAUGAAUUUUCUUUAAUUUCAACCAAACUUGAGUAAUGACUUUGUAUGAAGUCUUUUUGGUGGCUAUCCUGUUUGUCAGAUUUCACUUCACAUACACUCCCAAAGGAACAAUAAAGAGCUGUUAGAAUAGAGGCAAUGAGAUUUUGGUUUUUUUUUUAAUGCAAGUGAUACUAAUUCAGUCUCUCUUUUGAAUGUGUGAAAAAAUUUAAGUGAUUUGAAAGUAAUUUGAUUUGUCAAGUUUUUAUUUAAAGAUAGUAUGAGAGUUACAAUGAUAAUGAACAUGAAAUAACAUUACAAGUUUCACAUAUUUCAAGCUUUUUUUGUGAAUCAUUUAGUCAUUUCUUACGUGUGACAAUAAAGUGGUAAUUUAACCCUGCGAAUCAUUGAAAUUCAAAUGAUGUCCAUAUUGCUAUUGGGUCCCACUGAGAAUAGCGUAAUAACAUACACCAUUAAAGAACUGGUAAAGUAAGACAUUUUAGCAAAACAGUAUUUUAACUUUAAUAAGAACACAAUAAUUGUAAGGCAACUGUUAUAGCCUGUGUCUUAACCUAAUUUUACUUCAAUUUUGUGACCACCACUUGUCUCCCCCUUUUUAAAAUGUUGAUAUUGAUUAAAUGUGUUACUGUACAACCCUACCACUCCCUUGAUUGGGAAAAGGUUGUUUACUUUCUAUUUGUUCUAAGAAUGAGUGAUGCAGUUUCUAGAAUUUCUUUUCUGGAAGGUUCCAAAUUUCUCUAUAAAUAAGCUGGCAGCUUUCCCAUCCAGAAGAGAGACUUUUGCUAUUUUUUUCUCUAGACAUUUAUGAGAUGUAGUAUACUGAAAAAAUUGUACUCUUUAUGUGUGUGUGUGUAAAUUAAUAUUUGGAUCUUUCGAGGAUUGUACUUUUUCACUUCCUGUGUUGUAUGUUGAUAUAGUUGUUUUUUUUAUUACUGUGUAUUUGAUG